GAUAGAGUCACACACAACAGCUUGAGUAGAACCGAAAGCCGAGAGGUGUUGGCGACGGAAGUAAUGGAGCAUACUGAAAUUCCAGUCGUAAAUAUUCAACCUAACAACGAGAAAGGUCCAGCAGCUACAAAAGAGGUGAUCUAAUUCAGUGAGAUUUGCAUAAUUUUGUUUUUGCAUACUUAUGUUUUAUUCUGAAAUUGACAUUUCAAUUGUUAAUUUCCAGGACCCUAUAAAUCUGGAGAGUGAUAAAGGGGAGAAAAAGGAGAAGAAACUAACUUCGCCGGCAUGGGCACAUUUCACCACACUGCCUUUUUAAUGCUCUGUAGGUCUGCUUGGGUACUGAUCACUUUGGUUAUGUACUGAUUUGAUAUAUAUAUAUAUGGGCCUGCAAUUAUGUUUUUAAGGUUUACAAGAAGUUCAGUCUUUUGGUUGAUCUCAUAUUCUUGGAUCUCUUUGAUCUCUUAUGCUUGGCAAAGGAGCAGUGGACGCAAAGGUCUUCUUGCUUGCCAUAUCGAAUGUUGCCUGGAGGUUUGCAGCUAAUGUGUCGUCAAGUACUGGUGGAUUGGUGAGUACAGAAAUCAGUGACGGGAAAGCCAUUUCAGAAACAAUAAGAUGGUUGGCAGGAAAACCAUCUUAUUCAGUGUUGACUUAUGAAGGCUAUGUGGUUGAUGGGGUCCGAUACCACACAAAGGAGCGAGAUAAUGCUAGGGUAGUUCAAAACAGCGGCGUGUCAUUAGUUGCUAGGACAGUACAAGUGUCCACUGCUAAGGAUAUAAAUCCUAUAGAGGGUGAUUUAACAUUUUAUGGCAUUAUAGAAGAAAUAUGGGAGUUAGACUACCACGCAUUCAAGGCCCCUUUAUUUUUGUAUACAUGGGCAUCAAAUGACAGAGGUAUCAAGUCCGACGAUCUUGGCUUUACACUCGUGAACUUCAAUCGACCAGGCCACAAGAAGGACAAAUAUGUCUCUGUUGACCAAGUCAACCAAGUAUUUUAUGUUGAGGAUCCAUGUGAUGCUCAUUGGUCAGUUGUGUUAUCAUCGACAACUAGAGAUUAUCAUGCCCUGUAUGACGAAGAUGUUCCAGAGGAGAUAUCGUGGAAUCCUCCCCCGUUCUGUUGCCAUAUCCCGAUAUGUGACCCAAUUAGUGUUGAUGCAACUAUUAGUAAUAAAAGAGAAAAUGUAGAGGGGAUUUGGGUUAAGCAGUGAUAGGUGUCUAUAUAUUUAGCAAUAUAGUCAUCUGCAAUUUAGCAAUAUGUACUUGUUUGAAUUGUAAUUGUUAAAUUUAGCAAUAUGUACUUGUUUGAAUUGUAUCUGUUAAAUUUAGCAAUAUGAACACGACUGGGACAGUUGUAAAAAAAUCUGGAGGUAAGCGCGGGGUAUGCGCAAUGUACAAAGUAAUUGUGAAGAAGGCUCAUGGGAAAAAGUCUAAAGUCACUUGUGAUGAGUAUGGAAUGCCUAAUGGGGAAACAAGGGCCCGAUUGCAAUCCUACAUCGGUAUGUUGGCCAGGACUACAGUUCCAAUCGAUAUUGAGAGUUGGCCCAAGGUUGAUCCUGAAUUAAAAGCGAAGAUUUGGAUGGAUAUUCAGGUACUUUGUAAUAAUGCUUUAGUUUGUAAUAAUGCAUUUCUAUAUUCACAUUUUUAACGUAAUAUUAAAAUUCUGCCUGGAAGCGAUUUGUGAA